AUGUAGUAUUGCCGUCCAGAACAGUCCAUUGUGCUCAACUGGCUAUCUUUAUGCAGGCACGAUAUGUGCUGCUCUUCUCUUGCUUUCUAUCUGAGUGUGACUGCAGAAGAGUGUAGAUCCUAUCAGCUGUCGUUGAAUCCUUAGGAAGCGUUUUUAGUGGUUUGUUUAUGCACCACUACUUUUGUGUACAUCCGAUAUUUUUUUACAAAGUAAGGAAUUAAUGGCUUUUUAUUUCUCGAAAGCAUCAGUUAACUUAAUUUCAGUGUAAAAACGACUUAAUGUCUGUUUAAUCCUAAACUAUUGGACAGAAUGGCUGGAGUAUUCAUUGGGUCUAUUUCUUCUGGAUGGCAGUGCUGCGCCUUUCUCCUCGCUCCUGUGCUAGCCGCCAUCUUGAAUUUUAAUGUUCAUUUCUGAAAUGUUUUGUUUCCGACGAUAUUUUCGGUUACAGUGUCGUGCCAAUUCUGGACUUUUUGAAGGAUUAUCUAAUGUUCCUGCUCAUCCUGGAAUACAUAUUUAGUGACAGCCACUAGCUUCCAGUCUUCCCCACUCUGAAUGCUCCCUCAACUCGGAGACUAAAUGCAACUGGACCAGGGGGCUUGUGGGUAUGAAGUGGCUGGGCCAAUCCAAGAGCAUGGUGUUGAAUGGCAGCAGGUACUCCACCAGCUCCCAGCAGCCUGUGAGCCAUAGCCAGACCCGCUCCCAGCAGCAGCUGCACCCACAGAGGAGCUCUCUACGACCGGGGACUGGCAGCAGGAGAUGUAGCCGCCGGUUCAGUGCGGCCAGCCUGGAGGCGGAGCGACGCUGUGUCCCAUCCUCUGGGAUGACCGCCAAGGAGCUGUGUGAGCACGAUGACCUCACCACCAGCCUCAUCCUCGACCCCUACCUGGGCUUCCAGACACACAAGAUGAACACCAGGUUUCGACCAAUUAAGGGAAGACAGGAGGAGCUGAAGGAGAUUAUUGAGCGGUUCAAGAAGCAUGACAACCUGGAGAAGGCUUUCAGAGCGCUCACCUCUGGAGACUGGUCCAGACACCACUUCCUACACAAGUCUAAAGCCCAGGAGAAGCUCUUCAAACAGCAUGUAUUUGUGUAUCUCCGGAUGUUUGCGACUGACAGUGGGUUUGAGAUUCUCCCGUGUAACCGCUACUCCUCUGAGCAAAACGGAGCCAAGAUCGUGGCAACAAAGGAAUGGAAAAGGAAUGAUAAGAUUGAGUACUUGGUGGGCUGCAUCGCUGAGCUGUCGGAGAGUGAGGAGAACAUGCUGCUGCGGCACGGGGAGAACGACUUCAGUGUCAUGUACUCAACACGCAAGAACUGUGCUCAGCUGUGGCUGGGGCCUGCAGCCUUCAUCAACCACGAUUGCCGGCCAAAUUGCAAGUUUGUGUCGACGGGUCGCGACACGGCCUGUGUCAAGGUGCUGAGGGACAUCGAACCAGGAGAGGAGAUCUCCUGUUACUACGGUGACGGAUUCUUUGGGGAGAACAAUGAAUAUUGUGAAUGCUAUACGUGUGAACGACGUCUCACUGGUGCUUUCAAAUCCAAAGCCGGGCUGCCGGCGGAGGCUCCGGUGAUCAACAGCAAGUACGGGUUACGGGAGACGGACAAGCGUCUGAACCGGCUGAAGAAGAUGGAGCUGGGAGAGGGCAGCAGGAACUCCGACAGCCACUCUGUGGAAUCCCACACCGACAUAGACUCUCAGGACAUGCCAAACACACACACAUCUGGAAGGAAAAGGACUUCCUCCAGUAUGAAGUUCAGCAAAACCAGGACUCAAACCAGACAGUCUCUUUCCAGAGCUCUAACCUCUACCUCACCUUCUAAACAAAGUCAUAGAAACACUAACAGGGUACCAAAGAGACUCAAAUCCAAACCCGCCAAGCCUUCGCUCUCCAAGGUGCGGUUGCGGAGUCGAAGCAGCAGGGGCAGAGGUUCGGAGCCCAAGGCGGCAGCAUCGUUGGGGGCCCGAGGGGAGGUGCUGGGUCCGGGGCCUGGUCGCCUGGGUCUCCGGGAGCCGAGGACGUUGUCGCUAUGUAAGGCGGGCGUGUCGUUGAAGAAGGAGAAGGAUUCACAGGGACCAGUCCAGACAGCCCUGACCCGCCAUGCGGUCAAGGAGAACAACACCCCGGCAGUCUGCCAGGGCAGCCAGAGCCAGCCUUGCACUUACAGGACUCGCAGGUCCACCAGGACCCUGGUAAAGGUCCAGGAGGCUGUAGCCGGGUCAGCUGGGGUUAAACUGGAGUCUGGGGGGCUGGAGGCCCACAGCACCGUCCCUGGAGGGGUGGUGAUUAAAACGGAGCCUGCCGACCUGGAACAGUACCUGGGCCACGGGCUGGAGCUGGGUGGAGGUCUGGAUGCUGGCUACACAAGCAGAGGGGUCUGUACCAGACGCAGCCAGCUCACCCAGCUCCAGCCCGAACGGACGAUAAAGCGUGAGGACUCGUCAUACGGCGAGCUGUUAACGCCGAUAGCGGCGGCCCCGGUGGCGGCCUCCCAACACCCCCGUCACCACCACAGUACUGCCGACACGGCGGACUGCGACAAGAGGCUGCUGGGCCUCUCUGUCCCGGAGCACCACUGGGACUACAAUGGGAGCAAGCCCCUCCGCAGGGAGCGGAGGAAGGACAGGAACAGGGACAAGGGGAGGGAGAAGGACAGGAGGCAUAAGGGGAAGGGGGGUUACCGGAGCCACAGGGGGGACAGGUCGCAGAGCAAAGGGAAGAAGAAGCAGCGGAUCACGCGCUACGAUGCCCAGCUGAUCCUGGAGAACAGCGGAGGGAUCCCCAAACUGACGCUCCGCCGGCGACGAGACAGCAGCAGUAGCAAGACCAACGAGCCCAGCGAGCCAAUCAGCACGCAGCAGCAGGCGAGCAGCACCACGACCACACCGCAGCCUACCGCCCAACCCCCGGUCAACUCCUCAUCAUCAUCAUCAUCUUCAUCCUCAUCAACCUCCAAGAUCAGCAUCAUGUUCAGGAAGGACCAGUCUCAGGACAGGCAGAAUGGCAGCUCAUGCAGCUCCUACCACGUGUCCAAGCUGAACGGGUUCGGGCCUCCCGGUCCCCACAGCACCAGCAGCUCCACCAAGCUGAAGAUCCAGCUGAAGAGGGAGGACGAUGGCCGGACCCAGACGCACCCCGACGACAGCACCUUCAACAGGGGGGACACGGGGGGGUGUGGCCUGGGUGGUGGGGGCUUCGGCCUGGAGGCCAGGAACGGUGGGAGCCACGGGGGGCACAGGAUGCAAAACGUUGUGGUAGAUGAUUCUUCGUCUGAUGAGGAGGAAGAGGAGGAUGACGAUGAUGAUGAUUACUUUGACGAUGAGUUUGAGGACGAUUUCAUUCCACUCCCGCCGGCGAAACGUUUGCGUCUCAUCGUGGGGAAAGACUCAAUUGACAUCGAUAUCUCCUCCCGGAGGAGAGAAGACCAGUCUCUGAGGCUCAACGCCUGAUAAGCUCUCUGAAUGGAGGUCAUCAUUGCGUUCCAAAUGGCACACUAUUCCCUAUGCAGUGCACUACUUUGGGCUCUGGUCAAAAGUAGUGCGCUAUGUAGGGAAUAGGGCGCCAUUUGGGAUGCAGGCCCGUCCCUCCACCUUUACAUGUACAGAAAACACUUGACUCACUAAAUCAACUGUCCUGUUGAUGAUGUUAAAGAAGUUCAGUAAUUUAAAAAAGUAAAUUUAAAAAUCAAAUAAAAAGAGAAUCGGAAGGAAAAGUUGUUUCUGUAAAUGAAAGUGAAUGCACUUCUGUCUUCUUCUUCCUCUUAUUAUUAUUAUUCAUAAUGAACAUGAAUAUUGUAGAAGGUGUACAGUUGUUAUGGUGACUAUCCUCUGUCCUGUAGACAGACUUAUUCAACUUUAUCUUUGUCUCACAGUACGCAAUUCUAAAUUCUGUUGGCAAACCAGACUAUUUUUUAUUUUUUAGUUUGUGUAAAACCCAUAUUAUAUGGGUCCAGUAAUGUUCUGACGGGAUCAAUCUGUUCAGUUGUAGAAUAAUGACAGGUUUCCAUUGUUCUAAACCGUUCAACUCAUGAAUGAACUCAGUCCCACCAACACACUGGAAUCAUAGUGGACUUCUAUCAGCUGCUCAUCAGGGUUGAGCUCUAUUCCAAUUUCAAUUCAGGACACAAACCCGGAAUUCUGAAUUGGAAUUUCAGUUUGCUUCCUUGUCUGAAUUGAAAUGGAAUUGGGCCCCAACCGUGCUUCUCCUCUCCAAACAAACCCUGUGUUUUGUGUUCUCUAAGAGAAUGUUUGCCCUAGCUGCACUAUCCCAACGUGUUAAAGCUCACACAGGACUGUUUACAGCAUGAUGGGUAAUAGGUCAUUGACAAGUGAAGAAAUGUACCAACGUUUUGGUAGUUUAACCUUCAUUUCAGUAGCGUCUGAUGGUUUUGACUAGAUCGUAUACCGCUACGGACAGAAUUUGACUUCCUGGCAGGUUAGGAGAAUUAGGUUAGGGUUAGCUGAAAUGCUAAUAUUCUCCCCGACUCGAACGUGCAACUUUUUUAACCUUUGCUGGAUACCAGGGGUGUCAAACUCAUUCCAUGGAGGGCCUAGUGUCUGUUUGGUUUUUAGUUGUUCCUUUCAAUUAAAGACCUAGACAACCAGGUGAGGGGAGUUCCUUACUAAUUAGUGACCUUGAUUCAUCGAUCAAGUACAAGGGAGGACAUUCUGCCCUCCGUGGAAUGAGUUUGACACAUGCUGUAUACCGUCUAGCCACAACACUCUGAUCAAUGGAAACAUGGCAUUUAAUGGUGGUUUAAUGUUUUAAACACUAAUCGGUGAAAUACAUGAUGUGUAGGGACGUCUGUAUGCUGUUUUAAACACGUCAUCACGAAGUAAGAUGGAGAGGAGAAGAAGGAAUGUACAGAAAGACUGAAUCGUGUUCUGGAAAUGAGUUCAAACUCGCUGAAGUAUUAGUAGUUGUUUCUCAGAUCCCCUGCAGAACCAAUCAUUCAUAGUGAACACAUGAGAACUAAAUAGAAUAUUAUACCAACUAAAUAGUCAAUCAUUUUCAAAACAGUAUUAGGUGCCUUACGAACGACUCCUGGGAUAUCUGUUUUAGGCCUAAUUUUAGAAAAAAAUAAUUAACAGAAGGUGAAGAACAGUAGGUAGUCCCUCGGUAACUGUAACUAUGGGAACACUUUCUUGCCCCACACCCCCAGUCUUUCUGUAUAGUCUUUUAUUUGAGUUAUCUUAGGGCUGGUUUCUCAAGACACAUUCAGACUAGCCCUGAACUACCAAGCUAUUUCAAUAGAGAUUCUCCGUGCUCUUUAGUCUUAAUCCUUGUCUGGGAAACAGGUCUUUAGUGUGGAAGUACUGAACUGCCAAAUGUAAUCAAGGGAUCAACUGAGAUGAAUGUUAACCCCUAUUUCUUUUCUCCUGUACUGUUCAUAUCACCAGCAAGCAGCUAAAUCACAGUUAUUAACCAGGGUUGUGUUCAUUUAGGCACAAAAAGGGGGGGGAAAAAGCUUAACUGAAAUGAGAGCGGACUUCCUAAGAAAUUGUCACUUUUUUUAUUUUAUUUUAUUUUAUUGCAAAACAUUUUCCGUUGUGUUCCCUAAUGAACGCAACCCUGGCUAUACGUGUACAUCCCCUGUAUGGACGUCAGUCACCCUCCAUUCUUCACUGUAUACUGUUCCAGGUGCACUGUCUGUGUGGUCUUUGUUCAAUAGCCAGCUGUCAACAUUUCCGAUUUGAUGAAAUUCAAAAAAAAAAAAAAGAAAUGUGAAUAGUUUGCAGACAUUUUAGUGUUGCGUGGGGUCGUGGGAAAACACUUCCAACAGAACAUUAAAUUGGAGCAGUGCUUAUAUGUCCAAUAUGUAAAAUCACGUGAACACACCCCCUGUACUUAUUUAACAGUUUUGGAAUACUUGAAAACAACAUAAAAGUUUAUUUGUGAGAAUAAACUAUUUUUCUGUG